AUGCCAAGUGGUCAAAACCAGAAGAAAGGUUCGAAACAAUUUUCGAUAAUAGACGAAACAGUAAAGACCACAGACAAGAUUAUCAAGAGGAAACCAAAAAGUAAAUAUCCAGGAUUGAGAAAGCAAUUACAGAAUGAUGAAAUUUUAAAGAAUUACUUUGUUUUUGAUAAUAGGAAGGAUCAAUUGACAACCUUUCGAAUAGAUAAAGAGUUUAAAAUCGGAAAUAGUGUGGUAACUCAACAUGUUAGACUAGUUGGAGAAUCGAAUAGUAUUGAGGAGAGAAAUCAAGAAAAUAGACAAGAUGAAAUGAAUACACAUGCUGUGGAUCAUCAGCAUUUCACAGUUUCGAAUACAAAUCAACAAAUGGAUAAUUCUACCUAUCAACAAGAAAUGAUCUUUCUCCUUCAACUGUACAGCUUACUCUUACAAUACCAACAAGAAUACUAA